UUCCCCCUUCCGGCCCGCAGCGACCCCCCUGCAACCGUCGUGGCUGCUGCCUCGCUUCCGCCAGGGUGUGACUGAGCGUGGAGCCUGUGGGGGGCCCGUGAGGUGGAAUUAUUUUCCCGCGUCGAAACGUGCGGUCCGCUUGUGCUUCACUAACUAGUAAGACUGCUGCAGAAUCCGGCGGAGAAGUUACCUGGAGAAGUCUAGGCCAGGGCAGUGAACUUUCUUAUGUUUGACCUUUCGGGAGUGAAGUGUAUGGUACUCAAAUUUGAAUUGGGAACCUCCAAGCCCAUUUCGCUCAUGAAUGCUUUUAUGUCCAGCUGCUGCUUGGUGUUUCCACUUGGAUGCCUGUUUGAAUUCUUGGGAUCUCCCUGUUGGUGACAGACGUGAUGUUCUACCGGUUGCUAUCGAUUUUCCGAAGGCAAAGAACCAGCCCCGGCUGGCAGAAUUGGUCCUCAGCAAGAAACAGCGUGUCAGUUGCCGCAGCACAUUCUAUCGCCCUGCCCACGCAGACACAGGUGGUCGUCUGUGGGGGUGGAAUCAUGGGCACAUCCGUGGCUUAUCACCUCUCCAAAAUGGGGUGGAAGGAUAUUGUCCUUCUGGAGCAGGGCAGGCUGGCUGCUGGCUCUACAAGGUUCUGUGCUGGCAUCCUGACCACUGCCAGGCACUUGACCAUUGAGCAGAAGAUGGCAGACUAUUCAAACAAACUCUACCAUCAGUUAGAGCAAGAAACAGGGAUUCAAACAGGUUACAUAAGGACAGGCUCGAUCUGUCUGGCUCAAAAUCAGGACCGGCUGAUCUCCUUGAAGCGCAUCAACUCAAAGCUGAAUGUCAUAGGCAUCCCUUCUGAGAUCAUCUCCCCCAAGAAAGUGGCUGAACUGCACCCUUUCCUAAACGUGCACGACCUGGUGGGGGCCAUGCAUGUUCCUGAGGACGCGGUGGUGUCCUCUGCAGAUGUGGCUCUGGCCCUGGCAAGUGCUGCCUCCCAAAACGGUGUUCAGAUCUAUGACCGGACAGCUGUUCUUCACGUAAUGGUCAAAAAAGGUCAAGUUACUGGUGUGGAGACAGAUAAAGGACAGAUUGAAUGCCAAUAUUUUGUCAACUGUGCAGGUCAGUGGGCAUACGAGCUGGGUCUGUCCAACGAGGAGCCGGUUAAUAUCCCGUUACAUGCCUGCGAACACUUCUACCUUCUGACUCGCCCCUUGGAGACCCCUCUGCAGAGCAACACACCAACUAUUGUGGAUGCUGAUGGAAGAAUCUAUAUUCGGAACUGGCAGGGUGGCAUCUUGUCUGGGGGCUUUGAGAAGAACCCGAAACCAAUUUUCACUGAGGGCAAGAAUCAGCUGGAGAUUCAGAAUCUACAGGAAGACUGGGAUCACUUUGAGCCCCUGUUGAGUUCCCUCCUGCGUAGGAUGCCAGAAUUGGAGACUCUGGAGAUCUUGAAGUUGGUGAAUUGCCCCGAGACCUUCACACCAGACAUGAGGUGCAUCAUGGGCGAGUCUCCCACAGUGCAGGGCUACUUCAUCCUGGCGGGAAUGAACUCUGCUGGCCUUUCCUUUGGUGGAGGAGCCGGGAAGUACCUCGCUGAGUGGAUGGUACAUGGUUAUCCCUCAGAGAAUGUCUGGGAAUUGGACUUGAAGCGUUUUGGAGCCCUCCAGAGCAGCCGUACUUUUCUGCGCCACCGGGUCAUGGAAGUUAUGCCUCUGAUGUAUGACCUGAAGGUUCCCCGAUGGGACUUCCAGACUGGUAGGCAGUUACGCACGUCUCCUCUCUAUGACCGGUUAGAUGCACAAGGAGCCAGAUGGAUGGAGAAACAUGGAUUUGAGAGGCCAAAGUACUUCGUUCCACCUGACAAGGACCUCCUGGCACUGGAGCAGAGCAAGACUUUCUAUAAGCCAGAUUGGUUUGACAUCGUGGAGUCUGAAGUCAAAUGCUGUAAGGAAGCUGUGUGUGUCAUUGAUAUGUCCUCUUUCACAAAGUUCGAGAUAACAUCCACGGGGGAUCAGGCGUUAGACAUCAUGCAGUACCUCUUCUCCAAUGACCUGGACGUGCCCGUGGGCCACAUUGUGCACACUGGCAUGCUCAAUGAUGGCGGAGGGUAUGAAAAUGACUGCAGCAUAGCACGACUGAGCAAGCGCAGUUUCUUCAUGAUCUCUCCAACUGACCAGCAGGUCCACUGCUGGGCCUGGCUUAAGAAACACAUGCCAAAAGAUAGCAACAUGUUUCUGGAAGAUGUCACCUGGAAAUACACUGCCCUCAAUCUGAUUGGCCCUCGUGCUGUGGAUGUGCUGUCCGAGUUGUCCUAUGCCCCUAUGACUCCAGACCACUUCCCAAGUCUCUUUUGCAAGGAGAUGAGUGUGGGCUACGCAAACGGGAUCCGGGUGAUGAGCAUGACUCACACAGGAGAGCCGGGAUUCAUGCUGUACAUCCCCAUAGAGUAUGCCCUGCAUGUAUACAACGAAGUGAUGAGUGUUGGGCAGAAAUACGGAAUCCGGAAUGCUGGGUAUUACGCCCUUCGUAGUCUCCGAAUUGAGAAGUUUUUUGCCUUCUGGGGUCAGGAUUUAAAUACCCUCACGACGCCUCUUGAAUGUGGACGAGAGUCUCGCGUGAAAUUAGAUAAGGGCAUGGAUUUCAUUGGUCGGGAUGCCCUGCUGCAUCAGAGGCAGAAUGGGGUGUAUAAACGCUUCACGUUGUUCAUCCUGGAUGACCACGACACAGACCUAGACCUUUGGCCGUGGUGGGGAGAGCCCAUUUACCGAAACGGGCAGUACGUUGGCAACACCACCAGCAGUGCCUAUAGCUACACCCUGGAGCGCCACAUCUGCCUGGGCUUUGUGCACAAUUUUUCCGAGGACACUGGGGAAGAGCAGGUGGUGACAGCAGAUUUUAUCAACCGGGGAGAGUAUGAGAUUGACAUCGGGGGACAUCGGUUCCAAGCCAAGGCCAAGCUCUACCCUGUCACCUCCCUCUAUACCCACAAGCACCGAAAGGGUGAAGUGGAGCUGAGUGACUUGCAUGGGAAAUAAGGCCAUGGCGGUUUCACCUCCCUGCUGUCUUAUCCUGGAGAAACAUCACCUCGGAGCUUCUCUUGCACUGACUCCAUCCCUCUUUAUCGAGCCUUUGCCUCCCAUCUCUUAUCUCCCUGAUAUAAUUUUGAAAUUUACCUACUUUUAAACUUUUUGCUUUGCAGCCUUUAGUGUCCUCCCAUCUUCUCCUUCUCCGUUUGCAAUCCCCUUCCUAAUACUCACUCUGGGCUCUUCUUCCCUUCCCUCCCCUCUGCUCAGACCCCCAUGGUGGCAGGAGUUUGUCUGACAGGCAGGACAAGAAGCAAGCCCCACUGUGGAAGUGGGUUACAGUAACAGCCGAUUUCAAACGUGCAUGUCAAAGCUAGGCAGGCUGGUGUCGUGCAGGUCCCAGGGCAAGAGUCCAGCCCCCUUGAGCUGUUUCCCUGAGUCACCUGUUGAUUUCGGUGGAAUUGCUGUGUGUUCGAUGUGGCCCUGUGGACGAGCUUGUGCCUUGUAGCCAGGCAGCUCACACUCCCGAUCCGCUGUGCGGUGGGUUGGCGCCUGAUGACUCUAGCAAGAGGAUGAUCAUCUACCUCACUGACGAGAGGCAGCGCCUGGACCUCUUCUGGUCUGUAGCAAAGAUGAGCAUUUAACCUGGCACCAUCCUCAUCCUCCCUGUGGAACCACUUAGCAGACUUUGGGCUGGGACAGCCUGCCUGUAAUUUUCAUCUCUUGCUAAUCUUAAUAAGGUGUUUUUUUUUUCUUUUUUAGCUAAGUAAACGAGUAAGCCACAGUGUUUGAAAGGGAAAAACCAUGUUGCCUUUUGUGUUGCUUUUCCUACCUGAAAGGUCUGACCUCAAAAAGUACAACAUCGGUGUUGCUCAGUUUUCUGCUGUUAAAACGAUGCUGCUUUUCUUCUAGCUAUCCAAAGUUCAGCCAUCCCACCUUGAUUUUCCUUUCUCCCGGUGCAUUAAGCCAGCUUCACCUGUCCCCUUUGCAGUCGGCCUAUGAGCUCAGCAUACAUUUCUCUCCCUUUAGGACAGGAAGGUGGAGUAGAGGGUGUGUUGUGCUGAGUUUCACAGAGCUAUUGGAAUCCCAGGUGUUACUUCCUCUGGCACAGAACAAACAAAGCCACACAGAGGUGACCCAUGUCAGUUCAUUGAGCUUUCCGAGUCCUGGGGGAUGUAAGUUACACAGGGCUGGAGGAUAGCUUUUCCUUCUCUCCUUUCAGGCUCUCUUCUCCCAUCCAGCCAUCCCUCCAUAUCCUCUGAAAUAGAGAAUGACGUGUGCUACCCCAAGAGUGUCCUGCACACUUUUAAGCAGUGUCUCUGCUUUCUGAAGGUGAAGUGUGGAUAUGAUAGACUGUAUUGUCUUGUCCCAACAUUUACAUUUUCCCCUUACAUAUAAACUUCCCUAAUCUGAUUUUUUUUUUUUUUAGUGCAAACAUGCUGCUAUUAGAAAUGUUAUUUUGUUAAACUGUAACAUUUGGUGUCUUGGUAUCUUGGAAGCAUUAGCUCCGAUAAAUCUGUAAGUAUAUUAAAGGAGAUCAUUUAUUUUAUUAGAGCAGCUUAGAAUUCUUGGGUGUCAUCCUCUGGCAUUUCUCUGGAAUCUCCUGUUUACCCACUUAGACUGGCUCCUUCUAGAUAUUUUUGCCAUUUCUCCAGCUCGACCACUCCUGCUUGAUUACUGACUUCAAUGUCCACCUUUCUGUGGCAGUCUUAGUUGGUUUAUUAAGGGAGUGUAUGAUUAGAAUUCCAUUUGGGGGCUGGCUAUUUUGGAGCAAAUGUGUAUUUAACUAUCUGAGAGAUGCUGCUUCUAGGCAGAGAGGAGCGAGGAGGAGAGGUGUUGCCUAGCUGAAGAGCCGAGCAGUGAAACAGCAGCUGUGAAGGACUUGGGAGAGCAGGAAUGGGCCCUUGGCCAAAUGCUGGCAUUGCCAGCAGGGAGCUUACUUAUCCUAAGAAGAUGUAAAGAGAUGAUGGAGAGCCACAGGUAUCACUGCUCUUCCAGUCACAGCAUUUGCACCCCUCCAAAGUCAUCUUUGUAAGUGAAAACUUAUUUGUAAUUCAACCCAAAAGAAACUGAGUUGUGCAUAAGACAUAACUCUUCCAACCUUAACUAUGGCAAUAAAUUUGCUAUUUAACUGUUACAUAGAAGUAUCACCACUUAAUAAGAUACAAAUUGAAAAAUAAAAGGUAUCUCCAUAGUGUAAAAUUGGAUAAUGCCAUCAACACAGUAUUUCUUUCAAAUAGAAUUUUCAUCAGAAGGAUGUCCAACAUAGAGUUCUAAGACUUGGAUUCUUUUCUUUUCUGCACUCGUUCAUCGCUAGCUAAUUACUGUCUUAUUAAUUAGCUUUCCUUUCUAAGAAGUAGGAGGAAAAUCUGAUGCUCUGUCCAAAAUCAUGCAGUGACUUUCUGUUGAACUGGAGCUAAUAGUACUGGCCUCAUGUUUACUCACGUCACAUCCUCCCCCCUUCAAGCACCUGCUUCUCUUGCUGGGAAGGGAUGUUGAGGGGCAAGCUCUCAGGCUGCACUUUGAAACCCCUUGUCCAUGAUAGGGUCACACUCCUCAGAUUGACAAGGUGUUGAUCUUCUGGGGCAUCACUUGUUUAUUGAGUGCCCUGAAACUUACAGAUUUAUCUUUUAGCACUUUAAAAUUCAUCCUCAAAAUCUCUUCUGGUUCCUUCAUACAUAAGCAGUGUGAAUCUGGCAUUUUUCUCUAUUUGGUCUGAGGUGAGCUCUUUGAACAGGCAAGUCUGCCAGUGAGUGGCUCUUCCCUGCCUCUAGCAUAAUUGCUUUAUCUCUGUCUGGUGUCACAAGCACCUUAGACAGUCAGGAGGGCAGGCAGCGUAAUCUCCCUGGCCCACUGAUAUCAGAGCUCGGUAUUCUGGACUCCUGAGUGGCAGGAGCCUCUCUAGUAAGCAAGGGGUGCCAGUGGAGCUCUAGAUCCAGAGGCCCAGCUGCAAACCCAGCAGUAACAGGGAAGGACAAUCAGAACACCCCCGUUCGCGUGUCAUUUCCAUCUCUUGGGCAGCAGGCAUAUGUGUUUGCCUUGUGUGACAGCUCACUCUGGGAGCUGAUUACUUGGUUUUCUGUCCCUAGAGAUUUGAAGGAUUCUGGGCUCCUGUGAAUGGGUAGCUAGACUUUAGCUUUAGGGAGUUGGGUACUUUUUUCUCUCUGAAAUUAUCCAUCAUCACAUUUGUGCUUUCCAUAGGGGAGGGGCUCUGCGCUCUCUUGUCUGUGUGUUCAGUUAAACAAUCUUUCUGAACUUAGGAACGGAAAGUGUACUGGCCUCAAACAGAGGAAGAGCCAGGCUUACAAGUUUUCUGUGGGCCUUGUCCCUUGAAAUGUCUUUAAUUACUUCCCUGUCAUUGCUCGGGCCACAUGUAAAGGCUGUCACUUAGCACUGCCACUGUCAUUUGACUUAGAUUUAAGCUUGCAUCAGCAGGAUUUCUCUUCUGUGAUAGUGGAACUGAAGUCAGAAAAUCUCUAAUUGAGAAAGUUUUAAGAACAAAAAGGGACAACAACUAACUGCUUACAUGGACUAUUUGAUGUCCUUUAACCCUGCAUUACAGUCACAUAGCACCUCACAGGCAGGACAGCUCCGGUUUCCAGAGAAACCUGGACAGUAAACCACGAUAUUUCUAGAGUUCUUCCAGGGGUCCCUGUACCCCCAAAUUCAAGAGAUCCCAUUUAGGCCAGGGAUACAGAGACCACUUAGCCCAGUGAUUAAACAGCAGUUUCCUGGAGCCCCAGAGAGUCCAUUUCUAUGAGAGUGGAGCCUAGUCGCUUCAGCUUGGGUCUCAUCAGGAGGUAUACUGUCCAUGGGCGGUGUCUCCUUGAACACACAAACAGCUCUACCUGCUUGCUUGCUUUCCUGGGCUCUUGUUUCCCAGAAAGUAACUCAGACAUAUAAAAAAAAGGUGCAGCUUUGACAGACAUAUGAACACCCUUCCUUUGCAUGCUUUUGAGAUGUUAACCUCCUCCACCCUCCACCAUGUUGGUGGCUGUAUCCAUACAGGAAUGACAGUAGCUGUCUGAAAGUGUCAUUUGCUUCCCUGAAGAGAGGACCCACAGCCCUGAUUUCUGGCUCUGUUUAUCCUCUGUCUUAUGGACACAUUUGCUGGCAUUUGAGUGAGUCUGUACCAUUUUUUUGAGAACUUGAAAUAUAUAGAAGGGAAUCUUCUAGAAGACUGUGUCCUAGUAGAUCAUUUGCAUUGGCCUGUUUUCAGGGAUUAGCUACAAGGUUCAUUUUUAUGUCUCUGUUGCUUCUUGGUCAGUGUAGUCCACAAAAGUUUCUCUUUAAUACCUAAGGUAGAGGUUUGGUCGGCAGUAGUGAAUUCCGAAGGGUGACCUUCCGCCCUUUUAAUUUUCUCUCUGCUCUGCCCCACACACGGCCCACUCCCGACAUUGAUAUAAGCAGUAUUUUAUCAAUGCAAUAUAAUGAAAUUUUUCUUGGGAAUACACAAUGUUCAUCUUGCACAUGUCAUUUGCAGGCACGUGGAUUCAGGAGAAGCACAGUUGAGUGGAAGACAGGGUAGAUGUUUGAGGCUUUACGGCCGCCCCGCGUCCGCGCAGGAAGUGGUGAGUGAGCCAUGGGUCUGUCAGCGCCUCCCUCCCGCCACCACUUUGCCUCCACUCCAAGGUGCUGAGUUGUAAGGCUCCUCCAUCGUCAGUGUCGGGCUCGCCUCGCAGCCCUCGUCACUACCAAUGCACUACUUUUCAAGAGGACUGAGUAUUUUUGUAUGUCUUUGUCGUCUUCUUUUUAAACAUCACAGUUUUCCCUGUAUGUGAUUCUUGACUUCUCUGAGCAGAGCGUCUGUAUGUCUUGGAGAAUUACGCACGUCUUCAAUGGGCCAUUUUUCUCAUAUUUAGAUGCAUCGAUUUUUAUCCUUUAAAGACAUCUUCUGCCUUCUUGUUUUCCUGUCUGUCAAGGACAGAAAUUACAAGAGAGGUGGGAAGGGUAUUUGUAGCAUCUGUUUCAAAAGAUCUAUGUCAAGAUUUCCUUUGCACACCAAGAACUGGAGCUUGGAGCGCCACUUCUCUCUAAGCCAGGUUCUAGUGCCUUACACUCCAGAAUGUCAAAUCGUGGAUAUAGGUAGGAAGAAUGAGAAAGAAAGUUUGUUUCAGUGUGUGGGUUCCCAUCCACCCCACGUAGCCUCUCCUUCCUCAGAACAGGUGGGCAGGUGCUAGAAAGCUCUUUCAGGGAAGGGUUUUCUAACAGCACAGUUAACACUUUACUCUGGUCAACACUUGGGAUGUAUAAAAGCACCAUUGUAAUUAUUGUAAAGUACUGUAACUCACUAUUCGUGUCUGUAGAUGUGCAGUUUAGCUCAGCCCUUUUCUGUUCCUGUGUAGAGUUAGAACGGGGUCCCAAAGACAUUCGAGGCACUUUAGUAAGUGGGAUCUAUUCCUGAGAAGCCCGGGUGACUUUGGGCACACAGGGUGAUGGAGCAUUUCUGCCCCCCAUGAAUGUGAUAUUAACAUUGUGCGCUGUAUUUCUAUCAAGCUAGGUUUCCAUUAAGAUUUCCUUUUCAUGUUAUAAGGUUUGUAAAUGAAUAAACAGACAUCGUAAUGAUUCUU